AUGUCUCGUAUAAAUUUCGGAGCCAAGCACGAAUAUGAGUCUCUUACAAACUACAAAGUACUACAAAAUGUGUUCAACAAAAAUCGAAUUGAUAAGCCAAUCCCUGUCGAGCGACUUGUUCGUUGUAAGAUGCAAGACAACCUUGAGUUUUUGCAGUGGAUCAAAAAGUUCUGGGACUUGAACUAUACUGGGGAAGGCAUGUACGAUGCAGAAGGCCGGCGUGCUGGUCAGCCAGGCACUCCUGCUGCCAGCUCACCAGGUCGUAGACCGGCGUCUGGCGCUGGUGGUACACGUGCCAGGCCUAGCGUCGCAGCGCCACGCCAAUCCGCAGCGUCACGCCCUUCUGUUGCACCACGCCCUUCUGUCGCGCCUCAGCAAGUCAGAGCAACUGGUGCUGCUGCUACUGGUUCAAGUGCUGGCCCUAGGCGUAUGUCGAUGGCUCCACGUGCUGGAACGCGUGGCCCAUCUGCAGCCAUGAUUUCAAAUGAGACGAUUCAGCAACUCACUGCCGAAAUUGAUGAGAUGAAGCUUAGCGUUGACAGUCUAGAGCGUGAACGCGAUUUUUACUUCGGCAAACUGCGUGAUGUGGAAGUCGUUCUCCAAGAGCGCCUUGGAGAACUUGUGCGCCCCACGGAGGAUGGUGAAGAGUUGGUUAACCCGGCUGGUGCUUCAGAGACGGACACACUCAAACAAAUUCAAGCUAUAUUGUACCAGACAGAAGAAGGCUUCGAACUUCCAGAUGCAGCCGAGGUACGUAUUUGCUUGGCACAAUCGCUUACCCUGCGUCAGAUGGAACCUGAACCAGCAGAUGACAUGGAAACUUUCUGA